AUGCGAGGCAACGAACAUCUGGGACCAUUCUCCCAACCGGGGACUUGUAUACAAAAGUUUCUACAGCCGCUGUCAGUAAUUCGCAAGGGCGAAGAGAUGCAACUUCCGACCGCCAACGACAAUCUCAUCGGAUCGAGAGACGGGAUAACUCUUGACGACAUCUACGAUAUGCCAUCAGACGACCGCCGCUCCUUGUUUCGCAAGUACCUAGUGAACAAGGACAAACCAAUCCUUGUGCAAGAGCCUAUCGCUUGGUCAGAUGACGAGAGCAUUGGAAUGUUUCUCCGCCUGAAGAAGUCCCUCGACGACGAGUCUAAGAAACAUAUUCUACUAGAAGCUCGACGAGUGUUCUAUGAGGAGAACUCAUUUGUACUCCUGUUGAGCGGACUGUCUCGCUUCUUGGACGACAUGCUUGGCGAUUGGGAAGAUGCUGUUCCGGUCGAGAUGCUAGUUCGUGAUCUCAAAGUGAAAGUGGAAAGGAACGAAUGUCAAUGCGGAAAUUUAUUGGAUUACAUCCAGCGACUAACCUAUUUUGCAAAGAUGCCUCAACUACAAAAGAUCGCGUUCGAGUGUUAUUCUCCGACAGAAAGUGCAGACCAAGAUUUGUCUAAUGACUGGAGCACCCUAUCUAGUCUCGACAGUAGUAAAGGCGAUAGCUUGAACAACCCCACGGACGAUGAUGACAGUGCAGACUCCAAUCAGGCUUCAACGUGGGGAUAUUUGGAAGACGAUGCAUGGAGUUCAGAUGAAGGUGUUGAGGGUUAG